CCCCUUAUUUAAUUUAACUAUUUUAAAUCACUUGAUACUUGAUAAAUGUUUAUUUCUGCUCUAAACAAGAGCGCUCGGAACUAACGGGGAUGUUUUCAGGAGCGCCGCGGACGAUGUUUACUGCGGCACCGCAGCAGCUCACAUGGCGCCGCUUGAGUGAGCGCAAGAAACGUGUGCAGACUGCGGGAUGCUGCGCACAGGAUCCGACUGACAUGACGGAAGCCGUGUUUCAAGCCCCUAAACGGCGGGCGAAGGUGUACGAGUCGUUUGAAGCUCCCCUCCCGAUCCCUCUGAGCGCGGAGAACGCAGAGCCCGUGAUCUACAGAGCAGAAAUCAUCAGUCACCACGUCACAGUCACAGAUCGCGCGCACAUGCUGCCUCUGUAUGAGAGGGGCUCCUUCGGUAAAGGGGUGUUCUCCAGAUCCAGACCCGAGCACGAGCGCUCUCAGCAGUGGAGAUAUGUUGGAGACCGGUGUCUGCCUGUGAUCUCCUCGUCAGAAUACCAGAAGCGCCUCGGCUGGGCGCGAGCGGCUCUCCUGAUGCAGGGGCUGGAGGAGGAGUCCGUCAGUCGCGCGCUGGACGCUCUCACAAACCCAGUGGAGCUUGAUGUGGGGAGAGAGCAACAUGAUGAACAUGAUGAAGGUGUCAGUCUGGAUCAAACUGAUACGGCGAGGCCACAACGUCAAGGAAACCCGGCUUACGAUCCUCUGGCUGAGCUCUGUCCUGGAGAGCCCCGUGUGCAGUGCAGGAGACGUGACGGAGGCGAGGAGCAGCGGCUGGAGAGCUCAGAGCCGCCAGACGCUCAUCAGCACGUUCUGGUGGAUUUGUCUGAAGAGGAGCGCAGUGCAAGCUCUGCCACGCCUGACGUCUCCGGUCGGAGCAGGUUGGAGUGCAGAGUAAACCCGUUCCCCGUGAUGGAGUAUCUGCAGCUCAGUUAUGAAGAGGCGUUCUUUCUGGUGUAUGCGCUCGGCUGUUUGUCGGUGUAUUACAGCGGGGAAGCUCUGUCGGUGGCUCAGGUGUGGACCAUGUUUCGUUCGCUGCAGCCCAACUUCUCCAGCUCCUACGCGGCCUAUCACUAUUUCCGCAGUAAAGGCUGGGUGCCAAAGUCUGGGAUUAAAUACGGAACGGAUUUACUGCUCUACCGAAAGGGACCACCGUUUUAUCACGCAAGCUACUCGGUGGUGGUGGAGCGCUGUGAUGAGUCUCUGCGGCCCUUCAGCUGGAAGUCUCUCGCUGCUCUCAGCAGAACCACUGGGAACGUCUCGAAGGAGCUGAUGCUGUGUUUCGUCAUCACUCCGUCAGACGUGACUGAAGACAUGCUGUCCUCUCCAGAGUGUCUGAAGCGACUGGCUGUACAGGAAGUCAUCGUGAGCAGAUGGGUCUCCUCAAGAGAGCGCACUGAACCGGAGGAAAUCUAGACCUUUACAAGCAGACCUGUCUGUUUUGUGUCAAGAUGAAGCUGCCCUGUAUUUUUUUCUUUUAUAAUGUUCAGACUGGGUUUAAACAAUGUCCAGUAAAUAAACACAUCGCACAGAA